CUCCACACAGGACACAGCAGGACAUCCUCAGAUUUGGACAAUCAUGGACGCCAUCAUCCGCUGUCCUUUCCUGUCCCGCGUCCCCCAGGCCUUCUUCCAGCAGGCGAGAAAGACUCUGGUUAGCUACGCUGUGAGAUGCCCCGUGAUGAUGGACCUGGCGUCCAGACCACUCGCCCGCUCCAUCUGCUCUUCUCCCUCCAGCUUCCAGAAGAGUGAUGAUAUCGUUAAUACGGAGGCUAAAACUGUCGCUGAAAUGCCAGCGGGUCACCUCAAGGUUCCAGCAGGAACGACGGCAUCCAAAUGCCCCUUCCUAGCAGCUGAAAUGAGGCAGAAUAACAGCAGCGUUGUGCGUGAGGCCAGCAUUGAUCUGCAGGAGGAUGUCUCCGAAAUCCGCACCAUGCAGCCAGAUGUGUCGGCAGCAGAGCUGAUUAAGAGCAUGAAACCUGAUGCAAGUCUGAUGAAGAAACUGAUGAAGCAACGUCCACCCAUGGUUUCACAUCUACUACAGGAGAACAUGCCAAAAUCUGUCUCCAACUUCCGUUAUGAUGAUUUCUUCGAGAAGAAGAUUGAGGAUAAGAAGAAUGACCACACAUACCGUGUGUUUAAAACGGUGAACCGGCGUGCCACAGAGUUCCCCAUGGCUGACGAUUACACGGAGUCUCUGAGUUACAAGCGAGACGUAUCGGUGUGGUGCAGUAACGAUUACCUGGGGAUGAGUCGCCACCCGCGUGUCGUCCAGACUGUGAUGGAUACAUUACAGAAGCAUGGCUCGGGUGCUGGAGGGACUCGGAACAUAUCAGGGACGAGCAAGUAUCACGUGGAUCUGGAGCACGAGCUCGCAGACCUUCACGGGAAAGACGCGGCACUGCUGUUCACUUCCUGUUUCGUGGCCAACGAUUCCACGCUGUUUACUUUGGCCAAAAUGCUGCCAGGGUGUGAGAUUUACUCGGAUGCCGGAAACCACGCUUCCAUGAUCCAGGGUAUACGAAACAGCGGUGCCAAAAAGUUCAUCUUUCGCCACAACGACGUGGAACACCUGCGCGAGCUCCUGGAAAAGUCUGAUCGAUCCACACCCAAGAUUGUGGCCUUCGAGACGGUGCACUCCAUGGAUGGUGCUGUUUGUCCCCUGGAGGAGAUGUGCGAUGUCGCUCACGAGUUCGGUGCGAUCACGUUCGUGGACGAAGUUCACGCUGUCGGUUUGUAUGGAGCGAGAGGGGGUGGGAUCGGCGACCGCGAUGGAGUCAUGCACAAGAUGGACAUAAUCUCUGGAACACUUGGUAAAGCGUUUGGGUGUGUAGGAGGCUACAUCGCCAGUACUAGCACGCUGGUGGACACGGUGCGUUCGUACGCCGCAGGCUUCAUCUUUACAACGUCUCUGCCACCCAUGCUGCUCGCUGGCGCUCGCGAGUCCGUCCGUGUCCUUAAGGGCGAGGACGGCCGGAUGUUACGCCGCAAACACCAGCGCAACGUCAAGCUGCUGCGGCAGAUGCUGAUGGACUCGGGGCUGCCAGUAGUCCACUGCCCCAGCCACAUCAUUCCCAUCCGGGUGUCAAACGCGGAGAAGAACACAGCAGUGUGUGACAUCAUGAUGAACCGCUACAACAUCUACGUCCAGGCCAUCAAUUAUCCCACUGUUGCCCGCGGGGACGAGCUUCUCCGCAUCGCCCCUACGCCGCAUCACGCACCGCAGAUGAUGAAAUACUUUGUCGAUAAGCUGCUAAAGGCAUGGCAGGAGGUGGGUCUGCAGCUGAAGCCUCACUCCUCGGGUGAGUGUAACUUCUGCCAGCAGCCGCUUCACUUCGAGCUGAUGAGCGAGAGAGAGCGUUCGUACUUCAGUGGUCUGAGUCAUCCCGUGUCCGCCUGCGCCUGACGACGCACAAAAACACAUGAACAUACCAGGCUGCAGCGGCGUUCCCUAACCACUGCAGAAAUAGAAAUUUUUACACGUUUAGAGAAAUGUCUAAUUGUGUGCACAAAAAAAAAUAAACCUUCCUGAGCACUA